AUUUAUUUAUGGUUCGUUUUAGUUUGUGUAUUAUCACAUUUUUGCCAUUUCGUUUGUGUUUCUAAAUGUUUGUCUGUGUUCUGAAACAGGUGUAUGGGAAGCCUUUGAAAUGUGGCUUCACAGGAGAUGGGUUGUGAGGAGCUGAUGCUGUGGAGACCAGCUCUUUUAAACCACCUUUACUGGACUUCCACCUCUCCCACUCCUAACAGAGAUCCAGAUGUAAUGGAGGCCAAGUGGGAAAGCAUCGUCAACCAUGUUGAAGUCAUCAACGAACAUGGCACAUCUGUGUUUCCAACCUUUGCACAUCCGCCAUAUGGAAGGAGAAGCAAGGAACAUGCAUUGUCCAGAACCAGGUACAAAAUAUUAAAACUUGAUUGUUAAUUAUCUGUGCACAGGGUUUUAAUGGGUAGCUUUAUGAAAAAAAAAAAUUAGAAAUAAAAGUUUUUAUUUAUUUUGUAGUUGUCUCCAUAAUCAUAACAAAAUGUGUCUAUAUACAGGAUCAACCAGAACUGUGAGUUUCUGUUUAUCGGCAUUACACCUGAUGUCAUUUAAAAUCUUUAAAAGGGCUGUCUCGGUACUGUGGUUCAUCCUAAAACUGGAUUGAUACUUCUCUAAGAUAUUAUUACUUUUUAAGAAAUAAUUUACUUGGUUAAAAACCAGUCUUUCUAAGAUUUUACUUAAAAACGGUAAGUUGGAUAUGGGUCGAUAAUUAUUAAAAACAUCAGUAUCCAAAUUUCUCUUCUUCAGAAGGGGCCUCACCACUGCCGUUUUAAAGGCGGUGGGGAAGACCCCUGUCUGAAGAGAGCAAUUUACUAUGAUUAAAAUCUGUUCCUCAAAAAAUUCGUAAAAUGUUUUUAAAAAUGAUGUGGGAAUCAGAUCUAAAAGGCAGGUAGUUGGAUUUACUUGGGAGAAAACUCGACCAAGUGUCCUUGCGUCAACCAGGGCAAAACUCUCCAAUGUUUCCUCAGGUAAAAUCGGCUGUUCAGAUGUAUCAAAAAUCACAUUCUGAUGAGUUAAAAGACUAGAUCUAAUAUCAUCAAUUUUACUCCCGAAGUGGUCUGCAAAGUCCUCACAGAGGGCGUCUGUGGGGGUCUUAAAAGAUUUUUUAAAAUGGGAGUUUGUUAAAAGAUCGAUGGUGGAAAAGAGGAAUUUGGAAUUGUUUUUAUGGUCUGUGAUGAGUUUUGAAAAGUGGGCUGUUCUUGCCUUUUUUACUGCAUUGUUGUAUUUUUUGAGUGAGUCCUGUAGUAUUUCAAGGUGAACUGUUAAUUUGUUUUUUCUCCAUUUGCGUUCGGCACUCCUGCAUUUUCUCUUUGUGUUUCUGAUUUCAUAGUUUUUUCUCCAUGGGGGUAAGGGUUUUGUUUUAAUAGUUUUAAUUACGGGUGGAGCCACUGUGUCCAAUGUGGUUUUUAAUGUACUGUUAAAAUGGUCCACAAUAAAAUCGCAUGGUGCAGGUAAAAUUGCGGCAGGAGUGCUCUGUAAAAUCCCAAUAAAAUUUGCAGCCACUUCAGGGGUUAGGUAGCGUUUCCUCACCGUUCUCACCGGGGCCUACUGAUGGUUAAAACUGGUGAUAUUAAAAUACACACAGUAGUGAUCCGACACAGCCAGGUCGACAACAGAGGACACACCAGUGGAUAGGCCGGAAGUUAUGACCAAAUCCAGGGUGUGCCCUCUGUUGUGAGUCGGCUGUGCCACGUGUUGUUUAAAACCCAUGCAAUUUAAAAGGUUUAAAAACUCCUUGGACAUUGGAUCAGACGCUGUAUCAGUGUGCAAGUUAAAAUCACCAGUUAUUGAAAUCCUGUUAUGGGUAGUAUGUAAGAUGGAUAUUAGUUCAGAAAAUUCGCUGAUAAAAGAGUUGGAGUAAUGGGGUGGUCUGUAAAUUGUAAUGCAGAGAGUAGGAGGACUGCUAAAAACAAAUGCGUGGUAUUCAAAUGAUGUAAAACUGUUAAAAGAAACUUCAUUUGGGCACAGUGUGUUUUUAAAUAUUGAGGCAGUGCCUCCUCCCUUUCUACCCCCCCUUGUUGAAAAUAAAAAAUUAAAAUUAGGGGGGCAAGCCUCGGUGAGAACAAUUGAAGCAUCAGUGCUAAGCCAUGUCUCUGUUAAAAGGACAAUGUCUAAAUUAUUGUUUAAAAUCAGAUCAUGAAUGAUAAACGUCUUAUUUAAAAGCAAGCGCACGUUCAGCAGGGCCAAAUUAAUGUUCGUGCCGAGCGUGUGCUCAUCUUCAGAAAGUGGUGAGAUGGGAGCCAGUGUGACAGGAGUCAGGUUGAUGGUCCGUGAAGGGAAUGGUCUGUGGGCUCGGUGUGAGAUUCUGACUGGGAUGCAGGAUAUGGGGGUGAACUGUGAGUGAAGUGUUGGUGAAACUGACUGUAUACAGGCAGAGGAUGAGAUUGGAGGAGAACUGGCAGUGGUAUGGUGUAGUACUGGGGGUGGACGGUAGGGGGGGCUGGUGGUGGCGGUAGUGGCUUGGGACAGUGACACAGAGGAAGAGGGGGAAAUCAGUCACGUGUGUGUGUCAGGUGUGUGUGAGGGUGUGUGUGUAGGUGUGUAUGUGGACUGGACAGCAUGGCGAAUGUUGUCGCCGAGCACCCUGCUGCCCAGGCAAGAGGGGUGGACUCCGUCAGCCUUGUAAAACGGGGAGCGGUUCCAAAAUAAGUUAAAAUUGUCAAUAAAACGGAACCUGCAAGGGCAGGUGGAAUGGAGCCAGGUGUUCAGGCUGAGGAGUCUGCUGAAGCGCCCCAUGCCACGGUCGAAGGAGGGGAGGGGCCCCGAAAUAAAAACAGACUUACUGCAGUCGGUGAGAACCUUAAAAAGUUUCUUAAAAUGGUCCUUAGUCACCUCAGACUGACGGGAGGAAGUGUCGUUAAAACCCAGGUGUAAAACCAGCCUCGUGAUGGAGGAUGGGAGUGAGCCCAGCAGCUCCGGGAGUUUAUGGAGGAGAGUUGGGACAGUGGCGCCUGGGAAGCAGUGGGUUACUGCAUUAAAAAAAACGGAUGUGUCUCAGGAUGGAGUCUCCGAUGAUUGCCGUGGUCGGUGGGAACAGUGGGCGAGGAUGCGGCGGUGGCAGUGGUACGCAGGUGGGAGCCGGAGAACCUCUGUUCCCAGCGGAGUGCCUUCGCAGAGGUUCCCCGAACGGUCUGCACCGGGUCGAGGAGUUUGCGUGACGGGGGGGAGGAGGGGGGCGCCGAGGCCCCGUGUGCAUACCUCCGUUCACCUCCUCGUUCCCAGCAGAAGACGGAGGUGAGGCUGCACUUCGUCCGGCAUCAGCUGGGCCCGGAUCUGGCCUUCCUGGCAGCGGAGGACAAUCCGCAACACUGAGUACAUCGUACCUCGAGGACAGCUGGAGAUCGAAGUGGGAUUUCAGUCAAUAAAGUAUAUCUAUCUAUCUAUCUAUUUUGGUGUGCCAGCUGCCUCUUUGGGUGGCACUGGCACACCCGUGGCUCUGUCAUUGGUUUGUGUGCAUUUCACACUUUGUGUGUGCUUUGUGGAUUGCACACAAUUUUCAUUUCCACAGGUUUAGCGGUCAAAAAAACAGUACAAUCCUUCUGGCCCUGGGUCAAUUUAUACUGCUUUCAUACUGCCUUAUCCGCGUUGAUGCAGGACACGGGCGACUCAACUCUGCGCAGCAGUUGGUCACUUCAAGCAAACGCGGGUCAGACCUCCCGCUGUGUGAGCUGCGUACCUGUUGUUUUUUUUUUUCUCAACAGACGUCAGCACGUUGAAGCCUAGUAGUUCAGGGUUGAACCACUAGGGCUAAGGGCUAUUGGGGGAAAUGGGGAACUGUUUUGUUUGUAUAUGAAUCAGGGUUUAGUUAUAUUCUGACAUUGUUUGUUGCCUGACUGUCGCACUUUCCUGAUCCCAGCCGAGGUUUCAAGAAUCUUUGGGCCAUACUCAGGCAGAGGGAGAAGGCCAAUGGCAAGGCAUCAAUCCCCGGCUGUGUCUACUCAGCUGUUCACAUACACCCACAGUUUCUGCUGUCUGGACAAUAAGAAUAUAUCAUUAGUUCCCAAUCGAUUCUCCAAACAAAGACUCACAGCUGAUGGCUUGGGGGAUAAACGGCUCACGUUUCGAGGUAUGCAAGGCAUGAUUACAGUUUACACUCAGUUUUGUUGAAAUGAUUUUACUUGACACCUAACACACAUAUAAGAAUGGAUUACCUGGAAGUAAACUUUUACCUGGUUACUGUAUUUAUACAUAAACCAGCCUCUGUAAAGGGCUAUUGUUUAUGAAACAAAAAACUUGGUCUCACCAAAGACACCAACUGUUAUCUCCCCUACCUUCAGGAAGGAGAUUCAGGACAUUAAGAAUGAACACAUGGCAGUGAAGUGUAUUAAACCUCUCCCCAAUGUAAUGUGUAAUUUCACAUGUGGUUUUUAUACUUGGCUGUCUUCUUUUUGUCCAGGGGUCCAGACAAGUCCUGAUGAGUUCAAGGAGUUCCUGUUUUCAGCGUUUCGCAAACUGAGAGAGGGGAGCAGGUUUGAACUGCUGAAAAUAAAUGGAACUACUAGAAGUAUGGAAUAUCUGUAUUAAGUACUGUCUAAUCUGUUUGAUUCUGGAAUAUAUAAGACAUCAUAGGGCUAAUACAGCCACACAAACAUCUAUGUCGAUUCGUAUUCAGUUUGUGUUUAUCUUACAUUCAAACAUGGAUUGUAUUGUAUGUGAUAAUUAUUUUUCUUUGCAGACAUAUUGUAAGGUUCAAUAGCGUUGGCAUAGCCAUGGCUCAUGGGGAUCCAAAUAUUUUUUAAAAAUAUAAUCAAAAAUUGUUUUGUAUGAAAAUUUUUUCUCAACAGAUUUCUCAACCCGGAUGCAGCAGUGACCUUAUUGGCCCACCUCAGAAGUGCAUAUCAUGUGGG